GAAUAUAUUACCGCUGCAUUAAAUGUCAUAUCCUUGUUGUGUGACAGACAACAAGAAAAAAUGCAAGUUGCAAUGAGAAAUGAGGGUUUCAAUAUUGUUAGUCAAGUUUCAUUUAUAUUUUUCUACAUUUCUAAUCAUUGGGAUGAUACUAAAGUUGAUAUAGCACAAAAAACUGUUCAGGCAUUAAUAGAAAUGUGCACUGGAGAUUAUAUUAAUCAAGAUAUUGCUUUUAAAGGCCAAGUUAUUGUAUCUAUUAAUCUCCAAUUGAAUAUGCAUUCUGAUAAUGAAGAGAAAAGAAAAUUAAAAUCCUCAUGUAUUGAAUUGCUAGAAGUAAUGCUGGAGGAAAUAGAUGAAAAAUCAUGUACUUUAGCCAAGUGUAUAGCAAAUCAUUUGGAAAUGGACAAGUUGUAUCAAGAAAUGCUUAAUUUAUUUGACAUAUCAAAUUAUGAACUAUUGUGUAGAGCCUAUAAUGUCCUCAAACGAAUUGCAGAUUAUGAAGGAAUAAGUACUGAAAAACUAGUUGAGGUUAAAGAAGAUGAUAAAGUUCAUCAAGCAAUGUGGGAAUACUGUCGACACAGGUCUCGAAGUGUUGAAAUUGCUUAUAAAAAUGAUACAGUCACUCAAGCAUAUUUUUCUUAUGAUCCUAAGAUACAUAUUAAAGACAAAAGUUAUAUACAGUCACAAAUCAAAAGAAGCACUCCUCAAGAAAAGCUACUUGAUUUUAUUGAAUGGACAAAUGCUGUUGAGAAGAUGCAAAGUAAAAAAGAUAUUUUCACAUUUUUCAGAAAUAAGAUACCUUUUCUUAUAUUGUCACGUUUAAGGCAGUGGUUAUUAAUAUUCUUGACAAUUUUAUUAAACUUAAUUGUGCUUUUUACAGUCUAUACUCCACUAGACUACAAUAUGGCUAAUGGAGUCUGCACAACCAAUAGCACAGAUAAUGAAACAUGUUCCAGUACCAGUCAUUUCCAGCCCAUCUUGUCACCUCAAAUAUCAUUAGGAUCUACAACAGUUCUGGAAAUUCUUGGAUUUGUACAUGCUGCGUUGGCAGUAAUGAUGGUAAUUGAAUACUUUGCUGGCAAUUGGGGAUCUUUCUCACCAUUAAUGGAACUCAAGGAGCAUUUGUCAUGCAAAAAAAUAUUUUUCAGCCUCUCAAAGAUAAUUUUAGGCAAGAAUAUAACUUAUCGACUUUGUUUAGGCUCUUUCAAACUGUAUUUGCAAAAGCCACAGCAGUCCGUAGCUAAUGACAAGAAUACUCUUGCUAAUGAGUAUUAUCAAAUUUCUUGGAGUAGUUUUCAGUCGAUCUACCGUAUCUUUUUUAUGGUCUGUUCAUUAGUAGCUUGGAUUCCUGUUCCAGGGCUAAAGUAUAUGUACUGUCUGUGUAUGCUCUAUCCAUUUUUAAAGUUUGAUGUUGUGGCGUAUAUUUCAAGAGCUAUAAAAAGAAGCAUCAAGCAGCUGGCGUCAGUCUUCUUGCUCUGCUUUGUUUUUAUUUAUAUUUAUGCUGUCGUCAGUUUUGCUUUGUUGAAUAAUUACUUUUCUAAAGACAAGGAUCAGUUCUGUGGCAGUUUGGUACAGUGUUUUUUCACUGUGUCACGUUUGGGACUACUGAGUACCUUAGGAUCUGAACUUGAAAUCCGUCCAAAUAAUGACUACGAGCCUAACUUUACACUUUAUGGUUUUCGAACAUUCUAUGAUCUUGUAUUCUUUAUUGUUGUCACAACUCUUGGUCUUAACAUCAUCAUUGCUAUACUUGUGGAUAGAUUUUCUGAAAUGAGAGAAAAAUCAGAUAAAGUUGAAGAAGAUAAUGAAAGUAGGUGUUUCAUCUGCAGUAUUGAAAGAAGCAUGUUUGACAAAGAUUUUAAGAAACAUGUCACAAAAGAACAUAACUUGUGGGAUUAUAUGCGUUUCAUUAUACAUGUAAAAUCUCUUCCUGAAAAUUCUCACAAUGCUCUGGAGAAGUAUGUUUUUGAUCAGGUCAAUGAAGGUAAAAAUUCUAUUAAGUUUUUCCCGUUGUACAAAGCUAAAUCUUUACCUCAUUAUGAACAUGGUGACAGUAAAAAUGAGAGUCAAGACAAGGAAGAAUACAGACCUGACAAGGAGCUGCUGUCUUUAAUAACAAAAGACAGAGGAAGUAGGUGGAGAAGGAGAACCUCAAGCUAUUCGACAUCACAGAGACAGGUCUCCUUUGCACUUUAGUGACUUGUAGAAUUAGAGAUAUCCUGUAGCUAGUCAGAACUAUUAUAGUAGAAAUUUAUCAUAGACGUAGACUAUAUACAGCAUAGGUCUAGUAUUAUACUCUUUUUCUAUUGUACUUUCAGCAUUCAUUUGGAAUGUUGCAGCUGCUGAGUUUACUUUUUUAAGUGCUAUUGUUAAUCCUUUGCUAUUAGUAAAAACAG